UUACUAGUUCAAUUUUAUAGUUAUUUUUAUAAAUUUGGUUUGGUAAAGCUUCCCGCUAAAAGUAAAGUUUAAAAUGAGACUUAUGAAUAUAAUAAAUAAUAACAAACCUGUUAAACAGGAUUCUGAAGGUAUACAUUCCGCCCGACAUAUUUCAAAUCAUGAACAUCUUGGAAAGAGUAUUAAACAAAUAUACUUCGAAUACUGUUCUAACACAUCAAUUCACGGCAUCCAAUACUUUGGAGAACGUCGACCUUUAAUAGAGAAAAUUUUCUGGUUAUGUGUUUUCUUGGCUUCAAUAUACUGUUGUUCAAAUUUAAUACACAGUAUUUAUGUGAAGUGGAAUGAAACUCCAGUGAUAGUUAGUUUCUCUGAGAAAUCAACACCUGUUUGGAGCAUUCCAUUCCCAGCGAUUACUAUAUGUUCUGAAACCAAGCGGGUCCCUAGGAAAUCAGGUGUAACUUAUGCUCAGUUUUUAAAAAGUUUACGAGAACACAUAAAGUCGCGUCGCUAUUUUAAACCAAAAAAUAUUAGCCGUUCUGAUUUAGAUGAAUUUCGUACACUUCUUCAUAUCUGUAACCCGCAAUUAGUCGAACAUGGUACUCCAAUUAUUUCCACUGAUCUUUUAGAUUACUUCAAAGUAUUGGAAAAUAUGCAACCGGAAUUUAAUCGAUAUUACUAUUAUUGUAAAUGGUUUAGUCAUUUUGGAGAAUGUGAUGAACUUUUUACACCAACUUAUACAAAUGAAGGCAUUUGUUUUACGUUUAAUGGUCUCAACGCAACAGAUUUGUAUCGGGAGGACACUAUUCAAUAUCAGCGGGUUGGAUUUAGAAACUUUACUGAACGUAAUAUAAUUCUUAAACGUCCCCUAAAGUGGUCAUUGCAAAAUGGCUACACUUUGGAUAGCCGGAUUAAAACGUAUCCGGCGCGGGUAUUAGGCGCAGGAGCUCGAGCAGGAUUUUUUAUUGCAUUGCAGAGUUUUCGUCAAGAAGUUGACUAUACAUGUCGGGGUCCUAUACAAGGUUUCAAAGUAUCGCUACACUCACCUGAUGAUGUACCACAGGUUUCAAAUCAAUUUGUCCGAAUUCCAAUGGGAAAAGAAGUGGUAAUUGCAGUUAAGCCAAAUAUGAUCACAACGUCAGCAGGAAUAGCUGAAUAUCCUCCACAAAGACGUCAAUGCUUUUUAGAACAUGAGCGUACACUCAGAUUCUUUAAAGUGUAUACACAAAAUAAUUGUGUGUUGGAAUGUUUAACAAAUUUAACUUUAGCCAAAUGUGGAUGUGUGAAGUUUUCGAUGCCACGCACCUUAGGUAUGCCAGUAUGUGCGGAGAAUAAAAUCUCUUGUUAUGACAGAGCUGAAGAUAUCUUGCUUUUGCGUGAGUUUCGACAAGGUCUUAAGGAAUCCCGUUUGAAUUAUUUAGCGGCCACACAGUGUAAUUGUCUGCCGGCUUGUACUUCACUAGUCUACAAUACGGAAAUAUCACAUGGAAAUUUCGAUCUAGAAGAUAUGUUAACAGCAACUGGUGAUACUUCAUUCUUCGAGGACUUUCCUGGAUCACAAAUGUCCCGUCUCUCAAUAUACUUUAAAGAACAUCAGUUUAUUACAUCUAAACGAUCUGAGUUGUAUGGUGUAACGGACUUUCUGGCUAAUUGCGGAGGUAUUUUUGGUUUAUUUAUGGGUUUCUCUAUAUUAAGUUUAGUUGAACUCAUAUAUCAUAUUUCAUUACGUUUAUGGAGUAAUAUGCAACAUUUUGCAAUAUCAUAAAUUACUUAGUAAUUCUAAUAACUUUAAAAUUAGUUACUAUUUUAUUUACUUUUUGUUUCUAUUUUAAGUUUUUUGUAUGUUAUUUGUUAUAAUAUGUUAUUUUCUAAAUUGUUUUUAUUAUAUUAAUUAUUAACUUUUACUUUCAAUAAAAACUAAACCUAAAUGUAAAAAAUCGUAGUUUUUUAAACUGAAAAUGCGUGUUUGUGAAAAUAACAUUUUUUACAGAAUUACUCGAAUUUGGUACGGCAACUCCUACAUGUAACGAAUUAAUUGAAUUUUUCGCGCUCGUUUUCCAAAGCACAACAAGCGAACGAGCGUGCAAUCCGUGAAUUCGUCGUUUCUUUUCUCCAUUCGUGCGCUGUAGUGUGCGGUUCUGUGCGUGCGUUUAAUGAGAUUUUGUAAUAAAUAUAGGAAGGAAACAGUUUUCCAAGUGAAAAAAUUAAUUCCAUUCCUGAUAUCUUGUUAUUGAAUAUCAGAAAUCGUUAUUUUACGGAACGUGUUUUUUUUGGUCACGUUGCAAAGUUUACCUAGUGUCGUUAAAUAAAAGGAAACUUGUAAAAGGAAUUGAGUCAUGGCCGCCGACCAAGUGCAAUUUCAGCAGCUCCUGAAUUCGUU